CAUUGGGUGCGUUGUCAUUAUCUCACAGCCAAAAUUGAGGCAGGAACUCAACUUCUACUUCCUGUGAGCUGAUCCAGGUGCAGUGGUUUCAGCAGGUAAAUACCAUCUUCACCCUGAUGUGACUAAUAACAAUGGGCUGGCGCCUCCGCCGUCAUCAGUGGGGCUCAAGGUAACUGUUUAACCAAUAGGGGUGCGAUCUGCCGUCAGUUCACAGUUGGCUCAGACGGCGAUGAGGUCGGAGGAGGAUUUAUGAAGCCGCUUUUAGAGCCCUGUAAAAUUCCACCGCUACUCAUUAACCCGUGAGAAAAUCCUGCCGUCCACCUGCAGCACCUGAGCUCACGUGACCGGGCUGAAGGUUUAAAAGGAGGCUCGGGGCCGGAGGGAAGCAGACGCUGAGCCGAGCACCCGCCGAGCACGUAUACAAAGACACUGCGAGACAAACCUCCACCUCCGUCACCAUGAAGGCUGCACUCACCACCGCCUGUCUGCUGAUCCUGGCUCUGGGCUGGACCGCCGAGGCCGUGCAGGUCCAGGAGAACGGCCUGUCGUUCUCCCUGGACGCCGUCCGGCGGCUUCAGGAGCUGCAGGAGAGCAGCAAACAGCAGAACCCUCGGUUCCGAUCCAGCGCCGUGUGGGUGUGUGCCGACCCGCUGCUCCCGCAGGAGCUGCUGCCGCUGUGCAAGCAGAGGACGUCGUCCGCGUCCUUCGCCAGGCUGGCGGCCGUUCCCAUCGACGUCUGUGAGAUCUGCGCCUUCGCCGCCUGCACCGGCUGCUAAACACGAAACACAGCCGUGCUUUGAUUUGCGCCUCUUCCCAAAAUUAAAGACGAGAAGAUGACGUCUUUCUCCCUGACGAAUACGACAUUGUGACUGAUUCUGAUUUUUGUUUAAAAAAGGCCCUAAACCAAACAUAGAAAUUGGCGAAGCUGACGUUUGUGUUGCAAACUGUUACUGCAUAUUUAUACUUCAUCACGUUUUGCUUUUGAAUGACUUUGUUACAUUUCUAUCUUGCCAGGCUUUGUGUGUAUUUAAAGUUCAGCUUUCUGUUGUUUCUGCUGUUGUUAAAAUAAAACGUCUUGACAUCA